AUGCACGACGACACCUUUUCUUCGCGCGACAUCUUGGAUUCGCCAAGAAACACGGCUCGCCUGAGCUCGGAGAUCCCCUCCAAGUGCAACCGAUCUCCUGCCGUGUGGCCCGUGUGUUUCAUUCGCUGUUUUGCCCCAUUAGUGUGUUUCAUUCGCUUAGCUCGCCGCCGUCUGAAGUCGAAGAUCGAUUGCUCUAAGGAAAGAAAGGUGCUUGCAGCUUCUUCUUUCCUUUAUUCUCUAUCGUCUCCCAAGUUCCAAUGGCUUCCUUUUCAAGCACCUUGUUCAAGAAAAGACUCGUCGAAAUUUGUAGAAAGAUCGCAAAUAAGCUGUGGAUUAAUACUGCCUACUGUACUGGAAUACAUGGCUGUGGCAACAUCCAACUUGUCCAACGUGUCGAUUGUCGGUGAUGAAUGCAUUUUCAUAGGGAGCCUCUCCCAAUGAACUUUUUAAUGAAAAACGAAGAAGCUGAGAUGACGAGGUUGAGUAUCUCCCACGCCAUUGCAUAUCAAGUUCCCAUUUGCAUUCAAGUUGAAGGGCUCAAGGGGCUUAUUGUGCAUGUCAUUCCCAAGGUCUAUGUGACAGAGCGAGAGGAAGAGGUGGCGAGCCUUCUUCGCAAUAUGAAGAUGGCUUUGGUGCAGAGAAAUCUUUAUAUGGGAGAAGGGAAGAGUGGUAGUUCUUCAGCAAAGAUGAAGAAAUAUUUUAUUGCAGCAUUAUUAAAUGCCCUAAACAACAAAGUUAAGAUUUUGUUGGAUUUAAAGCUAUCGUCUUUGCUGUUUGGCAUAAUCCAAGUUAAAUCUGGCUUAUGUAAUUCAAAUCCUAUUGGCAAGUAGUACUUUCUUUCCCUACCCGACCUCUAUAAUGAGCUACUCCACCGCCAUUAUCAUCACCAUUCUCUUCCUUGUCACCGCCAUCACUUUCAUCUUCUACUUAUUUUGCUCUCAUUCCACAACUCUCCCUCCGCUUCAACCCGAACAUAAUAUUGAGAUUAGGCUCAACGAUGCCACACUCAGAGCCUGACCUAACCUAACCUAUACCAAAGUGAAACGUCAUGAUCCACGGGCGGCCAUCGCCUGCUACUGCUUUAUAUACCUUGUGGAUUAUGAUGAUGAAAAGGGGAGGAUAAGCCAUUGAGACAUUUAUUUGAUUGGGAGCAUUUAUGUUGUCAGACUUGAUCUUAUUCUUUCGCGGUUCCUUAGUUUAGAGGACUUCCUAAAUUACUAAAGUUGUUAUUAUAAUGACAAAUUGAUUGUAAUAAUUAAAAUAGCAUGAGCCAUUUAGGGCCAAUUAUAUUAAUAUUUUCUUUCUUUCAUAUUGCUUUUUAUUUCAUUUGAUGUUAAUAAGGAAAGCACACCAAACUGGAAGUUUCCAUUAAUAAUGACGUUUGUUAAUGUUUUCCAA